UCCUUCAUUUCUUUAUAUAUCAACAAAUGGAGUGGAAAAGAGGUCCGGUGAUCGGCCAAGGCUCCACCGCCACCGUCCACCUCGCCACCACCUCCACCGGAGACCAAUUCGCCGUCAAGUCAAGCACCCUUUCCACCUCUGUUUUCUUACAAAAAGAACAACAAUUUCUUUCACAAUUAAACUCACCUCAUGUAAUUUCAUACAAGGGUUUUGCCAUCCAUCACGAGAACAACAAAGCCAUUUACAAUUUAUUCAUGGAGUACGCUCCCGGCGGCACAAUCUCCGAAAUGAUCAAGAAAAGCAGAGGAUUUUUAAAAGAAUCGAAAAUUCGAUAUUAUACGAAGCAAAUUCUUAUGGGGUUGGAUCAUAUGCACUUGAAUAAUAUAGUACAUUGUGAUAUAAAGUGUGAAAACAUUUUGGUUUGUGAAAAUGGUGUGAAAAUUGGCGAUUUGGGCUGUUCAAAAUGGGCUGAAAACAGGGGAAGUAGUAGUUACUCUGUUUUUUCCGGUACACCGGUUUUUAUGGCGCCGGAAGUUGCUAGAGGUGAAGUUCAAGGGUUUGAAGCUGAUGUAUGGGCUGUUGGGUGUGUUGUGAUUGAAAUGGCAACUGGGUUUAACCCGUGGCCCGAAAUGAAUGACCCGGUUUCAGGUUUGUAUAAAAUUGGGUUUUCCGGUGAGAUACCGGAGUUUCCUCAAGGGUUGUCACCGGAAGGUCAAGAUUUUUUGAAAAAAUGUUUGAAAGUAGAUGCAAAAGAAAGAUGGACUGUAAAGGAGCUUCUCAGACACCCUUUUGUUUGUAAUUUAAACCCGGUUUUUGAAACGAAAAAUUCACCAACUAGUAUUCUUGAUCAAGAUUUUUGGCAUUGUUUAGAGAUACCGGAGAUAUCACCGGAGUCAACUCAAGUUGUCGAAUUUUCAGGUGAGUCUCCGGUGGAAAGGAUGAGGCAAUUGAUUGAUAAUGCAACUUCUUCAUGCUUACCCAAUUGGAAAGAUGAAAAAGAUUGGAUCAUAGUUAGAAGCAAUGAUAUUGAAGAAAGUUCAAAGAUUUCCCAGUCGGGUUAUAAUAACGAGUCACCUAGUACCGAGUCAACUCGUAUCGAGUCGUGUUCGUAUUCAAAGAUUCAUGAAAUGAGUGUUUUAAUGUUGGAAAAUGAUGAUGUUAUAGGUGCUAAUGAAAGUGUGACAAAUGGGUUUGUAUCAAGGCAUUUUGAUUUUGUGAAAAUAUCAGAUGAUACUUAUUUGCUCUUGGGUUUAAAUUUGUUAAUCUUUGAUAUUUUUAUUAAAUGUAACGUAGUGUUUCUGAAUAUACAUACUUUUAUCAUCAUAUUGAUAGUUUAUAUUUCAUAA